UCGCGGCCCCGCCUCUCCCUUCUUCCCCAUACACACGGAAGCUCAGGGGCCCCCAGGCCAGGAUGUCGGACGCCCGGGUCCCCGGCCUUGUUCCCACCAUGCUACUUGGCCUCCUGGCCGGCCUCCAACAGGCGAGCGCCUUCGAGGCUGCAGCCAAAUGUAUCCGCUCCUGCACCUGCCCGGAGGGAUUGCAAUGCUGUGGGAACAACUACUGCCCAGAGACUGAGUUCUUCUCCGGCCCCCUGAGGAUCCUCGUCAUCAUCUUCCUGGUGCUGCUGCCCAUCUUGUGCAUCUGUGGCCUGGGCAAGCGCUUUUGUCGCAAGUGCAGAGAUCCGGAGCGGAACCCCACCAUGGAGCACCAGGGGCCCCCGGAAGUGCCCUCCAUGGUCCCUGUGGAAAGAGUCUGGGUGUCUACCUAUGAUCCCCCACCCCCCUACAGUGAGAUCGUCCUGAAGCCUGCCCUGGACCCAACCCCAACAGAGCCGCCCCCGCCCUACAGCCUCAUGCCAGAAGACCACACCGAAAUGCCAGAGGGCAUCGACAACCCUGCCUUCUGAGUCACCUCGUCCUCAUGCCUCCCAGAGCAAGCCAGAGACUUCUGCCACCUGUGAGUGCUGCAGCCACCUGCAGCCUCUGGCUGUCCUCAGAUUUAACUUAUUGCUUUUCCUGCCCCUGAGUUCCAUUCCAGUUGCCUCUGUCACCCGGAGGGAUGGGCUGGAGCCACAAAAUCUGCCCCUUCCCUGAGCUGGAGGCAGCCAGGAAGGCAACUGCUCAAACUAGAGGGGUCUGGCCGUAUCAUUGGCUACUGUACGGGGUAGUGAGAGCCCCAUCUCUGGAGGUAAAUAGACCUUGACAGGCCAGCCAGCUCACAGCUAUUGUGGAGACAU